AUGGUGGGGGAUUUCAUUGAACUUGGCCCUAAGAUAAAUAAGAUUAAUAUGAAAAAAAUCAAUUUUUCAUAAUAAGCAACCCAGAUGAGGAAGAACAAGAAGCUAUAAAAUAAAAUAAAUGAUUAAUAAGAUAACAAAAAUAUUGAAUAAAAAAACAGAAUAAAAAAUAUCUAUCCAAUAAUCAAAUAAUCUGAAUUUAAAAAAAAGGUUAAAUUAGUUCCACCACAACUAUAACCUGUUUUAUACAAUGAAGAAACAAAAUAUAAAAAGAAAAUUAUAAUUAGCCAAGAUAGAGAGCUAUAAAGAUUAGAAGAAGAGAAAUACAAAAACACUCGACGAUAUAAAGAAUUUAAGGAUAGUUUAAAUCCUGAAGAGGAAUAAAAAUUUUAAAUAUGGGAAAUAGAGUUUAUUUAAGUAUUGAUUUUAAAUAACAUGGAUCAUCAACUUUAUAUAAAUAUCUGUUCAAUGGCUAAGUAAGGUUGCAUAAUUUUUAAUCAAAAAUAUUCAAAGAGCUCAUAUUGGAAUUAAAUAGAAUCAACCGAAAGUUUAUUGUCUAAAAUGUAAAUUUCGCAUUUUUUUUCUUUUAAUUAAAAAUUAAAUAAAAUUUUAAUUUUAAUUAACAUCUUGUUUUUAAUCAAAUAUUAAUUUAGGAUUUAUUUUUCCCUGAAUACUUUUAACUAUUUUUUUUUUGCGUUUGGAAAUAUUCAUAUAUAAGUGGAUUUUACUGGAACUCUACAAAGAUUAUAAUUGUUCAGAAUGAUUUCUAAAUUGAUAAUAAUGACUUAAAAAAAAAAAGAAUAAUUUACAAAUUAUAAUAUCAAAAUCAUCAUUAUUUAUUGA